AGCCAUAUUUCCCUGAACACCACUUUGCUUUCCUUUCCUUUGGUUUUGUUUAUUUUUGGAGUGAGAAGAGAUCUUAAAAAUGGCUUACAAUCUUCAAUCUCUCAUCACCAUCCUCCAAGGGAUUCUGGAUCCCCAACAAACACGCUGGAUUCUUGGACCUCAGAAACCACACCUCCAAUCCCUCCUCGGAAAAGCUUCUUCCCUGCAGCAGAUUCUCGAAAAAACUCCACCACUCACCAAAAUACCAAGCUUGGAGUGCCAAAUCAGAGACGUAGCAAAUGAAGCUGAAGACAUCGUUGAAUCUCACAUGGUUGAACGAAUGCUCUCGAUGCCUGAAGGCGUGAACUUCACUCCGCUGGCACCAGAUGUGCUGCUAGUGACGCAAAAACUUGAUUCUGUGAUCGAACAAGUCGUGAAGCUCGUGGAGGUGGAGACAAACAAGAAGCCGACUGGCAGCUCGUGGAGUGGUGCUUCUUUCUCGAGCGUCGUGGUGGGAGUUGAUGAAGAUCUGAUGCAGCUGAAGGAUCGGCUGACCGGGAAUCAGAGCAAGCUGGAGAUCCUGCCCAUCGUGGGUAUGGGUGGUAUAGGUAAAACCACUCUUGCUCGAAAACUUUAUCAAGAUUCACUCAUUCUUGACCACUUUAGUCAUCUUGCUUGGACCACAGUUUCGCAAGAUUACAAUAUGCGGUCAAUUCUAUUAAGCCUUCUUCGUUGCAUAAUUGGAAAAGAAGAAUGUGACAAACAUAAUGGAAAGGGAGAUGGUGAGUUAAAAGAUAUCUUGUAUAGAAACUUGUGUGGUAGAAGAUACAUGAUUGUAUUAGAUGAUAUUUGGAGCACCAAAUUCUGGGAUGAGAUAAGGAGGUACUUCCCGGACAACAAUAACGGGAGUCGGAUUGUGAUCACCACUAGGGAAUCGGAUGUCGCCAAAUAUGCAGACUCGGAGAUUCAGCACCAUCAUCAGGUGCAGUUGCUGAGCGAGUCUCAAAGUUGGGAUCUACUUAGCCAAAUUGUGUUUCAAGAAGAGGAUUGCCCUCAUGAGUUACAAGGGAUAGGAGAGAAGAUUGCGAGUGAUUGUGGUGGGCUUCCUUUAGCUAUCAAUGUGAUUGGAGGGCUGUUGUCAAAGGUGGAAAGGUUAAAAGAUGCUUGGGAGAAUAUUGGGAACGACGUAAGAGCUGCAAUUGCUGAAUCGGACAAGCAGUUCUCCAAUAUACUAUCCUUAAGUUAUAACCAUCUGCCGAUUCACUUGAAACCAUGUUUCCUAUAUAUGGCAGCAUUCCCUGAAGAUUAUGAGAUCGACCUGUUGAGACUCGUAAGGAUGUGGGUAGCAGAAGGAUUUGUGAAAUCGAAUGGAGAAAAAAGUUUGGAGGAAGAGGCAGAGGAUUAUUUAAAGUCACUUGUAGAAAGGAAUCUAGUUUCGGUUAUUACAAGUUAUGAUUGGUAUGGAGAAACAAAGAGGUACAGCAUGCAUGAUCUUUUGAGAGAUUUAUGCAUUAGGAAAGCUGAUGAUGAGAAGUUUCUACAUGUCAAGAAUUCGACCGAGCUCACAUUCUCUAACCAGCUGCGUCGUGUGAGUAUUCACACAUCAUAUGGAAUGGAAGAUGAUGAGUAUGCUUCUUCAUCAGAGAUGUCAGUUGUUCGAUCAUUUCUAGUAUUUGUCAAGUUGGAUAGGAAUGUAUCUCCCAUGGUUUCCACAUUAAGAUUGCUUAGGGUGUUGGAUUUAUUGAAAAUGAAUAAGUAUGCAAUUGAGUUCCCAGAAGAAAUAUUACAACUUGUGAACUUACGCUACUUAUCUAUCAAUUGCAAGUCAUUGCCAAGAAGUGGAAUAUCAAGAUUGUGUAAUUUGCAAACCUUGAUUGUGGAAUAUCAAGAUUGUGUAUCCAACAAAAUUUGGGAGAUCUUUAUUUUUCCCAUGUCCUAUAGCUAUUUCCCAGCUGAGUUGUGGGAGAUGUCUGAGUUAAGACAUCUCAUCAUAUUGAAUACAUAUCUCGAGAUGGAAUAUGAUUACAUGAAAAAAAUUGUUCUGGAGAAGCUGCAGAUGAUACGGGGUGUGAAGCUAAGUCCGUCAAUGAUUAGAAGUGGUUUCUUGGAAAUCAUUCCAAAUAUAAAAAGCUUGGAAAUCCGGUAUGAGGAUGAUGGCUCAUCAGGGAUGAGUGAAGUAGUUGAUCUGAGUCAUCUUCACAAACUCCAAACAUUAACCUGGAUUUCAUCAAGGGAUCAAUAUCUGCACGUACUCAAAUUUCCAUCUACUCUUAGAGAAUUAUAUCUGGAGGAUUGUGUAAUAACUCCGGCAGCGACGACGGCUCUGUGUGCACUACCGAAUCUGGAAGUGCUCAAGAUGACACAUUGUACCUUCAAAAGCAGUGAGACAGAAGAAGAAGAAGCAAAUGAAGAGUGGGAAAUAGCAGAAGGAGAUGAAUUCAGCUCAUUGCAGUUUCUACAACUCCAUAAAUGUUAUAGUCUGGUGCGUUGGAGAGCUGAUGAAACCAACUUCCCUAGACUCCGCCAUCUCUUUAUACAAUGGUGUCCGUAUCUAGAGGAAAUCCCCGCCGGCAUUGGAGAAAUCCCAACCCUGCAAUCAAUCCACGUAGAAUGGUGCAGCGAUUCAGCAGAGGCCUCAGCGAAACAGAUUCAGGAGGAGCAGCAAUCUGAAUACGACAACUACGACCUCCAACUUCGUAUCUUCCCAUCAUAUGAAAAUUCUUGUGUCGUCUCAUAAUAGAGCACAUAAAGAGGAAGAGAAAAGAAAGGAAGAUCGAUGAAGACGACUCAAAGUGGCCAUAUUUGAAACUCAUUUGAUUUCUCCUCUCUUCUUGUCUUACCAUUACCAUUGCUUCACAAUUUGCUUUGUUUUUCACUUUUGAUGCUUUUCUUACUGCCUUUUUUUCCCCUCUUUUGUUUGGUGCUUAGUUUUAGAAGAGCAACUCCUUUUCCCUUUUAGUGUUUUUCACUGCCUUUUUAGUCUUGGGACUUUUAAUGAGACUUGAACCUUUAAUUGGAUUUUUUGUUAAU